CCUGAACGGUUGCUUCACUGUACACCUGAUGCUCAUCCUGUGAGGAAUCAGUCCUGUGUGGAGGGGUUACAAGAGAGUACUUAAGAGAGGACCUGGCGUGUUACUGCCUCAGCUCACCUGGUCGCCGCCUCAGCAUUCACUCGUGUUGCCAGUGUUGUACUUCUCUUGUGUAUCUCUCCGUCACAAGAUCAGAAUACAACACACAACAGAAUGUCGAGGUUGUCGUUGUCAGCUGUGUUCUUCAUGGUGUUGGCGAGUGUAGUGAGUCCUCAGUGUAUCUCCAACAACGACAGGCUGUCCCUGCCCCUCACUCCUGACCUGGAGCACAUCACCCCCUUCAGCUUGGAUCUUCUGAAGGAGCUUUACCCGCCCACUGCCACGGGAAACUUUUUCUUCUCACCUUACAGCAUCUGGAACGCCCUUGUCCUGGCUUACUUUGGGUCGGCUGGACAAACCCGUCAACAACUACAGGAUGUCCUGCGUCUGAGUGACCCUUCAAACACUCUGGCAACCUACAAGGCCCUAGACCGUUUGUAUGAGAAGAGACACGCGAAUACCAGUGAAUAUGUGAUAGACAUAGCCAACAAAGUCUACGUGAAUAAGAACUUCAAUCUUCGGGUCUGUAUCCGGAAGGUCCUUUCGAAAGAGGUGCAGAAUGUCGAUUUCACAAAGGGUAAUGAAGCCGCAGGAACAAUUAAUAAAUUUGUGAGCCAAAAGACGCGAGGCAAGAUCCCAACAGUGGUUUCAGGUCGCGAUGUGCAAAGUGCGUCAAUGGUGUUGAUUAAUGCUGCCUACUUCAAAGGUCUUUGGAAGACUGCAUUCAAGCCAAAGGACACACUUAAGAAGGAGUUCUACCCCGUCCCAGACAAAACUAUCAGCGUUGAUAUGAUGAUCCAAGAAGGCGAUUUCAAAAUUGGUGACUCAAACGAACUGCAAGCAACGGUGCUGGAGAUGCCGUACAAGGGCGAUGUGGCUUCCAUGAUCGUGCUGCUGCCCUACGAAAAUUCUGUGGCUUCCCUUGACACUAUGCUGCAACGUCUCAAUGAGGACACCUUGAGCGCCGUCGUCCAAAGCCUUAAAAGAGAGAAAGUUGUUCUCAAUAUUCCAAAAUUUAAGUUGGAAUAUAAAAUCACUGAUCAACUUAUCGAGGCUCUUCAACGUCUGGGAUCAACAUGUUCAUUGAUGCUGACCUCUUAA